UUUUAAUCAUAUACCUGCGCCAAAAUGAACUCUUCUUCUUCAAAUUAUAAAUAGAUUAACAAUUAAAGAUGAACUUGCGAUUAUACAAGUAUGUGCUUCGUACGCGGAAAAGAAAUAACAUCUGGUCACUUGUGAGAGAAUGCUUAGGACAAAGUUGUUACAACGGUGCUUGACGCAUCAUAUGCCUUUGAGCUAUAGAGCAAUGCAUCUCUUGAGGAAUAAUGCAUAUAUUAAUGGGAAAUGGAUAGGCGCCAAUAGCAAACGGACAUUUCCCAUUUACAACCCAGUUGACAAUACUGUUAUUACUCAUGUUCCUGAUAUGAAUGUUGCUGAUACUCAGGUAGCUAUUGAUGCUGCUGUCAAAGCUUUCGAAUCGUUCAGUAAAACCACAGCGAAAGAAAGGAGCGAUUUGCUUAGAAAAUGGUACAAUUUGAUGGUCGAGCAUUCCGAGGAUUUGGCUCUUAUUUUGACUAAAGAAAAUGGAAAAUCACUUGCUGAAUCUAGAGCAGAGAUCAAGUAUGGAAAUUCAUUUAUUGAAUGGUUUGCGGAGGAAGCUAGGAGGAUUAAAGGAGAAAUACUGCAGGCACCUGUAUCGAAUAGAGAAUUGUUUUUGUUGAAACAACCAGUCGGAGUAGCUGCUUUAAUCACACCAUGGAACUUUCCACAUGCUAUGAUUACCAGGAAAGCAGGAGCCGCACUCGCUGCUGGUUGUACUUGUAUAGUAAAGCCAUCCGAAGACACUCCGUUGACGGCAUUGGCACUAGCUGAUCUAGCGAAACAGGCGGGCUUCCCUGCAGGAGUCUUAAAUGUACUCACUACGAGUAUCACGAAUUCCGCAGCGGUCGGCAAAGAGCUGUGCGAAAAUCCGAAGAUAAGAGUGUUAUCAUUUACCGGUUCUACAGUUGUCGGAAAGAUUUUAUAUCAGCAGUGUGCUUCAACUAUGAAACGGCUCGGUCUCGAAUUGGGUGGUAACGCACCAUAUAUUGUAUUUAAAUCCGCGGAUGUAGAUUUAGCUGUAAACAGUGCCAUGGCGAGUAAAUUCCGCAAUACUGGUCAGACCUGUGUCUCAGCAAAUAGAUUCUUUGUGGAAGCUGAUAUUUUCAAUGAAUUCGUCGAGAAAUUCGUGGCGAAAAUUAAAAAUGAUAUUAAAAUGGGAGACGGUUGUAAAGAGGGUAUUACUCAUGGGCCACUUAUCAAAAAAAGUCAAUUAGAUAUGGUAAACAGUUUGGUAGAAGACGCGGUUCAAAAAGGUGCUAAGAUACAUUGCGGCGGAGGUCCAUUGCCAGGUCUCGGACCGCUGUUUUAUGCACCCACUCUGUUAACAAAUAUAACUAAAGACAUGCAAAUUUACAACAAGGAAAUCUUCGGACCCGUGGCUGUAAUCAAUAAAUUUUCCAGCGAAGAAGAAGUAUUAAGGCAAGCUAAUGAUACACCCGUUGGUUUAGCCGGAUACUUUUUCUCGCAAGACAUAUCGCAAAUAUUUAGGGUUGCACGCAAAUUAGAAGUCGGCAUGGUAGGUGUCAAUGAGGGAUUAAUUUCAUGUGCAGAGGCUGCUUUUGGUGGAGUGAAAGAAUCUGGUUUAGGAAGAGAGGGUUCUAAACAUGGGGUUGAAGAUUUUCUUGAUAUCAAAUACGUAUGUGUUGGCAAUCUUAAAUAUUAAAUAUACAAAAUUAUACAUUUUGAAGAACAAUCACUAUUAUUCGAUUGUUACUAAAAAUCAGCAAUGGACAAUAAUAGAUUAUGUAAUUUAAUAAUCUAUUAUAAUAAAUAGUUAUAAUUUCCUGUUAAUAAACAGAAAAUUAGUGCAUAUAUGUUCUAGAGACUGUAAUUCUUGGCUAUAAUUGUUUAUAUAUGACUCCAUUAAUUUUAUUUUUAAUAAUUUAUAUAUUUUUCUAUUAUA